UUGAUUGCUCCCCCCCCCCACAUUAAGUGGGGGGGAGGCUGAAAAACAGCACGUUAUUUUAAUUUUAUUUGUGGGGGGCAGUGGCGGUUUUGGAAAACUUAAGAAUCUUCUCCUCUCCGGGAUCCAGCCGUGGGGGGUCAGAAGGAUGGCUGCGGAACUGAGCCCCGAGGAGGAGCAGGCCACCAAGCAAUUCCUGGAAGAGAUUAACAAGUGGACAGUCCAAUACAAUGUGUCUCCCCUCUCUUGGAACGUGGCGGUCAAGUUCCUCAUGGCCAGGAAGUUUGACGUCCUCCGAGCCAUCGAGCUCUUCCAUUCCUACCGGGAAACCAGGCUGAAGGAAGGGAUCGUGAAGCUGAAGCCCUAUGAGGAGCCUCUCCGGUCGGAGCUGCUGAGCGGGAAAUUCACGAUCCUGAGCUCACGAGAUCCUUCCGGCGCCUCAAUUGCCCUUUUCACUGCCAAGUUGCACCAUCCCAACAAAAGCGUCCAGCAUGUGGUGCUGCAGGCCCUCUUCUACCUGCUGGAUCGGGCCGUGGAGAGCUUCGAAACUCAACGGAAUGGCCUGGUAUUUAUAUACGACAUGGCAGGCUCCCACUACACCAACUUUGAGCUGGAUCUCAGCAAGAAGAUCCUGAAUCUGCUGAAGGGAGCCUUUCCGGCCCGCCUCAAGAAGGUCUUCAUUGUGGGCGCCCCCAUGUGGUUCCGAGUCCCUUACUCCAUCAUCAGCCUCCUGCUUAAAGAGAAACUCCGAGAAAGGGUUCAGAUGGUGAAGAUGGCGGAGCUGAAAGAACACCUCCCCCAAGAAUGUCUUCCAGAGUAUCUGGGUGGAUCCCUCAAGCUGGACCCCCUCAGCUGGAACUGCAGGUUCCUCCCACAGCAGAAUGGUCACCCGGACCCCCUCGACGAGCUCAUCCUGGUGCCGCUGGCUUCCCCUCGCGACAACGGCUCGGUGCACGUCCCGGGGCCGAAGGCCAUGACGGUGCAGGAGGUGCUGGAGCACGUGAAUCAGAAGCAGAAACGCGGGAUCUACGAGGAGUACGAGGGCAUUCGGCGCAGGAGCCCGUCGGGCACGUUCGUCUGCUCCCUAGCUCCCUUUAACCAGGAGAAGAACAGAUACGGAGAUGUGCCAUGCCUUGACCAAACCAGGGUGAAGUUGUCCAAGCAAUUCAGCUACCAAGAGCUGACCGACUACAUCAAUGCUAGUUUCAUGGAUGGCUACAAGCAGAGGAACGCUUACGUCGGCACUCAAGGGCCCUUAGAAAACACGUAUUGCGACUUCUGGCGCAUGGUGUGGGAACAGAAUGUCUUGGUGAUUGUCAUGACAACAAGGCUUGAAGAAGGAGGCAGAAGGAAAUGUGGCCAGUACUGGCCACUGGAGAAAGACUUCCAGGCGUGCUAUGGAACCCUGACGAUCACCAAUCUUGGAAUGGAGAACCUGAACCAUUACAGAAAAACCAUUUUAGAAAUCUACAACUGUGAGAGCCGUGAAAGGCGCCUCGUGACCCAUUUCCAGUAUGUGAGCUGGCCCGACUAUGGCGUCCCUUCCUCGGCUGCCACCCUCAUCGACUUCCUGGGGGCCGUGAAGCAGCAGCAGAGGGUGGCGGUCAACGCCUUGGGGCCACGGUACAAAGGGCACCCUGGAGGGCCGCCCAUCGUGGUGCACUGCAGCGCUGGCAUCGGCAGGACAGGUACCUUCUGCGCUCUGGACAUCUGCCUGUCGCAGCUCCAGGACGUGGGCACGCUGAACGUCUAUCAGACGGUGGUGCGGAUGAGGACUCAACGAGCCUUUAGCAUCCAGACCCCAGAGCAGUAUUAUUUCUGCUACCUGGCCAUCAUUGAGCAUGCGCAGAGAGAAAACCUGCUCCCCUCCUCCCAGACCAGGGUUGGCAUGGAGAAGAGCUAAUAGAAAGAGUAGCCGAAGGCUCUCGCUGUUGGCCGAUAAGCACCAGGGACCAGUCCGCUGUCGAUGUCUUUCCUUCCUUCCCGACUGAUCCAGAUUCGUCCAAGUCUUCAGAUGAAACUUGCCAACGAUACCGAUGCAAGAGCUGAUUUUUCUCUGCCACCGAGGCCAUAGGGAGAACCUUCCUUGUAACUAGUGGGCUAGGACGAGUCACAGCUGGUAGCCGUAGGCUACGAAGGCUUGUGUUCUUUCACAACUAGCACCCUCGACUGAACUGUGCCUUAUUAAAUCCAACAGACAAAAAAAAUGAGGGGGGAAAUCAUUGAUACAAACCCCAAACUUAAUGGCCCCGACUUGCCACCCCGGGCAAAUGGGUGGAAGAUUUGGCUCCUGCCGUGGGUACAUGGUGUCUUCUUUGCCUUGCUCUCAUGCUGUAGGAAGCCUUUCCAGUUGUAACCUGGGGCCAGGAUAGAAGAAUCCCCUCCGCGUCAGUCUUACCCGCCACUACUUCUAUGCGUGUGUCCAUCUCUAUGUACAAAAUAUAUCCUUCCUCACGCUACCAGGGCAUAGCCAGUAUUCCAAUUUAUAUAGAUAGACGCAGUUGCCUCUAGCCAUGGCUCAGUAGUGUCGUAGCAUCUUGCUACUGGGGCCUCUUUCUGAGUGGCAGUGUCCCAUGUUGCAAAUGGGCAGUAGUGGCGCUGUCCACCCAUUUCCCCGCCCAGCCAGGACUCCUCAAACGGCUUUUAGAAUGCGCACCCAUGCCAUUACGCACACCUCCGAGUCCAGAGGGGGCCCCUGCCCCGUCUGCCUCGCAUACGCCUUGAACGGGACCAUGGGGGCAGGGUGGCGGUGAAGUUGCUGCACUUGAGCGUGCCCAAUCCCACGUGGACCCUCUCUGGGCCAGGUCUUGAGAGGAGGCUCUUCAGUGGUGGCUCCGACAUCAGUGGGUCAGUGAAUCCGCUCCGGGUUUCAGUCAGAACUCUGAAGGAGUUAUCCAAGGUGUUUCAUGCCCUGGAUGGCUCCUUUAGAGUUGUGACUGAAACCCGGAGCGGAUUCACCGACCCACUGACGUCGGAGCCACCAGCCUCCGCUGAUACUCUUUAAAAGUCUACGUGUUUUUACUUUACCGGGGAAGCGGAAAAGGCUGUUAGCCUGAGUGAAGGUCCGUGGGUCUCUCUCUCUCACCCUCAUUGACAGUGGGCACAGGAAGGAAGUCACUCAAACAUUUGUCACUAGCCAGAAAAGCUACGUGUCCGGUACGAAGUACGGCAGGGGACUUCCUUUCCUUGCAAAGCCCACGGGCCCAGUGAGACCACAAGCUCCUGGCUUCCCUUCGGGAGGCUCCCCCCCCCCCACCUCCACACUCUUUCUGUUUACGGAAGAGGAAAGCGGCAUCUGAGCCGACCUCAGUAACUUUAUACUGGAAUAAGCUCUUUUGAAUGUGUAUAUUCUUUUAUUUUUACGAUCUCUCUCUCUUUUUGUUCUUUUCGUUUUUGUAUUUAACAUUAACUUGAUCGAGACUGAGUUGGAGAUAACUGUAAAUGUUCCUGUUCGCUGUUGUAUGGCGACAACCUUUUCGUUUUUGUAUUUACAAAUAAAUAUACCUACAGCCCCA